AUGUCUGCAAAUUGUCACUCGGACGCGCAUGGUCCCGAUCGCGGCGGCGUCCAGACCCGUCUGGGCCACCUGCCGGAGGAGCUCCUGCUUCGCAUUGUCGACUUUGCGUACGGGCCAGACGUUGACCUGGACCAUGCCUACAUUUUAGCCGACCGCCACGGCGUUUUCCACGCCUUGGCCCUCGUUGACCGGCGCCUCAACCGCCUCGCGACCCCGCUCCUGUACAAGGUCUUUGCGACAAGCGAGAAUCCGUUUCGUGAGCGGCAGCGCAUACGCAAAACGGAGCUAUUUCUGCGAACAUUGAAAGAGAAUGCACUUUUACGCGCACAUGUACGAGGACUGUGUCUAUAUACGGCAGAAGGACGCGACAAAUAUCCGUCCUUGGAUGUGUUUGAUCGAGUCAAAGAGCUUGUGACCCUUGUUCCGAAUACGCACUUUCUUCACAUGAAUGGAGGAUUCGACGACUUCCGCAGUCAGACACUGGAUAUUGUCAGCACGGCUAUUGUGAAUAUGAGGCAUCUGCGCCAUCUCAGCCUAAACAGGCAGGGCUAUGGUCCUACCCUGCAAGAUGUUGCCGAAGCAUUCCGUCGAUCGUGGGGGGUAAAGAGGCUUUCUUUGAACGGAGUAACCGCGAUGACGGGUGUUACAUCACCAAUAAUCCAUGAAAAGGAGUAUCGUACAGCGUUUUUUACACACCUCACGCUUAAAGAUUACAGUGAGGACUGGGCGGCUACGGAGCAGCUCCUGAGCUGGCCCAAGGAGCUGCACAGCUUUCAAUUUGGCAACUUUCGCAACAACCCGAAUGACAUGGAUCUGGCCAUGUUUGGCUCUGCUCUGCUCCAGCACAGAAACACCCUUACCGUCCUCGACCUCGGCUUUCUACGACGGCGCAACACAGACAGCCAGAUGAUUGAUCUGUCUCAAUUCUCUGCACUCAGAGAGCUCACGCUGUCUCGGUGGUCCUUCAACAACACGAACCUGACCUUUUCCUACGAGACGGGGCGCAAGCUGCUCGCGCCAAAGCUCCGCACGUUUACAUGGUCGUUUGGCAUUGGGUUCAUGGAGUCGGAGCGUCUCUCCGACGUGGGACCCAACGAAGAGGCCUGGCUCCGCGAUUUUGGCACCUACGCAGCGGACAGGCACGAUGGAAGCCUGCGCACAAUGUACGUGCGGUAUCUCCCGAUCCGGGUCCUCGGCGAGCAGGGAAGCGCCGAGUAUCCGUGGGACAGACUGCGUCGCGUGGCUGAUGAGCUGGCUGCGCGGGACAUAGAGCUCUUGUAUAGUGAUCCAAAGUGGUCGAGAGAUGAGUGGGAAAAGUGUGUAAAAGCGUGGGAAGAGUGGACGUGA